UAGCUGUGUGAAGGCUGCCGGGUGCUGAAUGUGAUUCACACAGCGGUCACCGAUCUCACCCCCUGGUUGUCCUCUGAUGGUGCGCUUCUCGCUUGUGCUCGUCUGUGCUCAUGCUACGCGCCGGUGUCACAAAAGCGAAGGAGGAGGUGGAGGAGGAGGAGCAGGGCUGUGGAGCUGCUGAGGGGAGGGGAGCCGUCCUCCGAUGAAUAGCGCGGAGCUGCUCGCUGGAAGCAGGCCAACGUGCCCGGGGAAAAAAGAGCGCGUCGAGCGGCGACAUGAGAUGGGAUGUCUUGGCACUGUUGUCAGUGAACGAGAGAAAAGCUCCGUCCCACUUCAGCCAGCGACGCCGGCCACAAUGGUGCGGAUGCUGUCGGUGAUUUAGGCCGGGAAAACAAACCUCCGGUUUUCAGGAUUCAUUUCUCCCCGCGUGCGGAUUAACGUUUACACAACCGAGGAGGCAUAUUUGACCAAGCCAGAGAAAUUCAUGCCUGAGGAGGCGUGAUAUUUUCAAGAUGACAGAGGGGCGGAGAUGUCAGGUCCAUCUCCUGGACGACAGGAAAUUAGAACUGCUUGUGCAGCCCAAACUGAUGGCAAAGGAUCUCCUGGACCUGGUAGCAUCCCACUUCAAUCUGAAGGAGAAGGAGUAUUUUGGAAUCGCCUACACAGAUGACACGGGCCACUUCAGCUGGCUGCAGUUGGACAGACGUGUUCUGGAACACGAAUUCCCCAAGAAAUCCGGCCCCAUCGUCCUCUACUUCUGUGUUAGGUUUUAUAUAGAGAGCAUCUCUUACUUGAAGGACAAUGCCACCAUUGAGCUGUUUUUUCUCAAUGCCAAGUCCUGCAUUUAUAAGGAGCUCAUAGAGGUGGACAGUGAAGUAGUAUUUGAAUUGGCCUCCUACAUAUUGCAGGAAGCCAAAGGAGACUUCACAAGUAAUGACGCCACACGCUCUGACCUAAAGAAGCUGCCUGCCCUGCCUACACAGGCACUGAAAGAGCACCCGUCUCUCGCUUACUGUGAGGACCGAGUCAUUGAGCACUAUAAGAAGCUGAGUGGGCAGUCCAGGGGCCAGGCUAUUGUCAAUUAUAUGAGCAUAGUGGAGUCACUGCCUACAUAUGGAGUGCAUUACUAUGCGGUUAAGGACAAGCAGGGGAUCCCAUGGUGGUUGGGAUUAAGUUAUAAGGGCAUCUUUCAGUAUGACUAUCAGGACAAAGUGAAACCCAGGAAGGUGUUUCAAUGGAGGCAGCUGGAGAAUCUGUACUUCAGAGAAAAGAAGUUCUCAGUGGAAGUUCAUGACCCUAGAAGCAGGGCGUCGGUCACGCGAAGGACAUUUGGGCACAGUGGCAUCGCCGUGCACACCUGGUACGCCUGCCCUGCCCUCAUCAAAUCCAUCUGGGCCAUGGCCAUCAGCCAGCACCAGUUCUACCUGGACCGCAAACAGAGCAAGUCGAAGAUCCACGCAGCCCGCAGUCUGAAUGAGAUAGCUAUUGACCUCACUGAGACGGGCACUCUAAAGACCUCUAAACUUGCCAACAUGGGCAGCAAGGGCAAAAUCAUCAGCGGUAGCAGCGGAAGCCUUCUGUCCUCAGGUUCUCAGGAAUCAGACAGUUCUCAGACCGCUAAAAAGGACAUGUUAGCUGCUUUGAGGGCUAGACAGGAGGCCCUGGAGGAGACUCUGCGGCAGAGGAUAGAGGAGCUCAAGAGCAUCUGCAUCAGAGAAGCGGAGCUGACUGGGAAGCUCCCUAAAGAGUAUCCUCUAGACCCAGGAGAGGAGCCGCCCACAGUACGACGCAAAAUCGGCACUGCCUUCAAACUGGACGAACAGAAAAUCCUUCCCAAAGGAGAGGAGGAAGAGCUGGAGCGUUUGGAGAGGGAAUUCGCUAUCCAGUCUCAGAUAACGGAGGCAGCGCGGCGCUUAGCAAGUGAUCCUCAUGUAAGCAGUAAGAAGCUGAAGAAGCAGAGGAAGACCUCAUACCUCAACGCACUGAAGAAACUACAGGACAUUGAGAACGCCAUCAAUGAGUACCGUGUCCGCUCUGGAAAGAAACCCACCCAGAGAGCUUCGCUCAUCAUAGAGGAAGCUAAUAUCGGCUCAGAGGACAGCUCCCUAUCUGACGCACUGGUGCUAGAUGAUGAUGACCCCCAGGUCACGGGGACCCCCACCUUCUCUCCAGUUGCAUCCCCACAUAAAGGCCUUCCUCCUCGACCGCCCUCUCAUAGCAGGCCCCCUCCCCCACAGUCUCUGGAAGGACUAAGGCACCUUCACUACCAGCGCAGUGAUUACGACAAGUCCCCUAUUAAACCUCGCAUGUGGAGCGAGAGCUCACUGGAUGAACCCUAUGAGAGGGUGAAGAAACGUUCAUCUCACUCCAGUAGUCACAGACGGUUCCCCAGCACAGGCAGCUGUGAGGCUGGAGGGAGUAACUCUCUGCAGAACAGUCCAGUGCGCACCCUGCCCCACUGGAACAGCCAAUCCAGCAUGCCCUCCACUCCUGACCUGAGGACCAGGAGCUACGUCCACUCAGCCAGCCUAUCGCAGCCCUUCCGUGGCCGGAGCUCCAGUCUGGAGUCUCAGGGGAAGCUGCUGAACAUGGAGGCAGAGUCAGAGGCAGGGCUCAGCCCAGACCUCUUCUUGUCGGGACCUCAGCGAACAGGGAGCAACGGCUCAGUCGCCCCUGAUGACUGCUCCUCCUGCACCAGCCAUUCGAGCUCGGAGCACUAUUACCCUUCAUCUGGCUCCAACCCCAACUACUGCACACUGGCCGAGGACUCGCCGUCUAAAGCCCGGCAAAGGCAGCGGCAGCGUCACAAGUCCGCCGGCCACCUGGGAGCUUCCAGCUCGGGCAGCAUGCCUAACCUGGCCGCCCGAAACGGCGGAGGCAGCACCCACGGCAGCGGUGGGGUAUGUGGUGGCCACCAGGGCGUUUAUCUGCACAGCCAGAGCCAGCCAUCCUCACAGUACCGUAUCAAGGAGUACCCACUGUAUACAGAGAGCAGCAGCCCUGGAGCCGUGGUGGUGCGCAGCCUAGAGAACGACCAGGAGGGUCACUACAGCGUGAAAGCCCAGUUUAAAACCUCCAACUCAUACACGGCCGGCGGCCUCUACAAGGAAGGCUGGGGAUCCGGUGAGGAUGGUGAAGGGGGCAGUGGCAGUGGGCGGCUCACCCCCUCUAGGUCUCAAAUAGUCAGGACUCCGUCUCUGGGGAGAGAGGGGGGAGGAGGGGGAGGGGGGAGAGCAGCUGUGUCUGAGGAGCUCAGGUGCUGGUACCAGCGCUCGUCUGGAUCGCUGAAGGAACACUCACGCGUCACACACACCAGCUCCAACGCGUCAGAUGGCCGUGGAGGGAGAGUUGGGACACUUGUGAAGGGCUCACCAGCUGCCUCUCCACACAGCCAGAGAAGUGGAACUCCAUGCAGUGAGUCUGCAGCCACUCCCCCCUGCAGCCCCCAGCACAUACUCAACUGGCAGAGCGGAUCGUUCAGCGAUAGCUGUUUCCUGAGCAGUCCCCUGUGCUCUGAGCUAGCAGAUGUGCAGUGGUAUGGACACGAGAAGGCCAAGCCAGGAACACUCGUCUAAACCCAUCCUUAGUCCUCCUUUGUCCAUCCUUCUGUCCAUGGAACAGUGUCCUCCAGGCAGUUCUGUCCAUGGGCUCAACCUCAACACAUCUAAGACAAACCUACAGCUGGAGCCAAUACCCUAACCCCCCCUCUCUGUGUAUAUCCAGCGGUACAGUGGCUCUGGACUCUAGGAUUACAGGGGUCAGACUGAACUGGACUAAAGUGACCGAAAGUUGACCUUUCUGAUCGUUCUCCCACUGCUUACCUUUCGAACUUUGAACUGUGACCCAGUUAGCUGCCAGCCAAUUGCUCCGUAUGCACAAUAAAAAACACUCAUCAUCUGAUCCCGUCGCUGGAGUGAUGCACAUGGCAUGUGGCCUCUCUGUUUUGGAGAUAUGUGUAUAUGUACGUGUCUGCAUUUUAGUGAAGAACUCCCCCACAUUUGCAUACUCAAACACACGUCUGUCCCAUGCUGUGGUGUAUAUGUGUAAUUCUGCACUGAAGAUAGAGAGUUCAGACCGCUCCCUCUCUAUCACACGCAUCCCUGAGAAAUACGUUGCUGCUGUCAUUCAUCUUGUUCGCAGAGCUUCAUAUGCUCUGUUCCAUCAAAGUAAAUACAAUAAAUCACAAGCCCCACACACACAGUCUACAAGAGUGAACCUUAAGCCCUCGCUUCUGCCUAUGGACAUUCUGGUUUUCAUUUUAUAAUGUUCUGUAAAAAUUUUAUAUAUAUAUAUAUAUAUAUGCACACACACACACAGCAGGUGAAAUAAGUAUUGAA